UGUUUGUCUCUUAGUGUCCGCACGAAAAUGUUAGCGUUCGCACAGUAGCUGUGCCUCCGGUUUUGCUUUUUCAUUUGCGCACUUUUUAGUUUUCCUUCUUUUUUUUUGAUUUUUUAUAUUCUAGGCUAUCGAAUUUAAAUCGACUUACAAUUAGUAUUAUACGGUUACGAAACAUCGGUGUUAGAAAAUACGCGCGAUUCCUUUUGUUCCGUAAUAUAGUUUUCGUUAGGCUUUACACUCGAGUGAUUUUUUGUAUUGUUUUUUUUUGUGGUUAACAACGAUACUUUCAUCGAAAUUUGCUGCCGGACCUUUUAAGCAUCAAUAUAAAAAGCGAGGUUCUCGACAUUAAUAGUGAAAAUAUUUUACGAAACCAACGAGCUGAACGAAUAUGUCUACCCAAGAAUUACAUAGUCGUAGUUCGAAGCUACUUCAACGAUAUCAAUCGAAAGCAGUCUCGCAGGAUCCUCUGCAUCAACCAAUGGACACUUCGCCGAUUAUUAAGUCAACCAGCCAACGAAGUUUGCAAAAUUCAACAUUACUGCAGAGGCAUUACUUGAAAACAAGUAAUCAAAACAUGCAAAGCGAACCGUUAGUGCAACCAAGUCCUGAAAUAUCGUCAGAUAGCCAACGUAAUUUGGGGCGAUCUAAGCUCUUACAACGCUACAGUAAACAACAUUCAUUGGAUUCUCAGGACAUGCCACAGCAGGAACCACAGCGUUACAGUAGCCAAAAGAAUCUGGAAGGAUCGAAACUGUUGCAGCGAUACAAUCGUACCAAUAACUCACAGGAAUUUACUGGUCUUUCUGUUAGAGAAGGCACGCCAGUUACGCGAUUCACACGCAGUGGUAGUUUAGACCAAGAUAGAUUGGUGCGCCCAUCUCUAUUAUCCAGAUACACUCCUAAAUUUGGUAAAUCACUAGAUCGAAAAUAUACUUUUGAAUCAGAAGGACAUAGCAACUACAGUAGUCAACAUAGUCUCGACCAACGAGAGCCUACCAGCAGCUUGUCACAAUCACAAACCUUUGGUGAUUACGGCAGCGAUCAUUUCGACCAGUACGAUUCACGUAACCUGCGAAGUCGAUCAUCGAGUAUGGCUCGAGGACUAGCUCGCAAGAGUGCAUCAAGAGAGCUAUAUCCCACGAGUCAGACAAUCCAAUCGGAAAACCAAAAUAGUUCACUCAAUCAAGUAACUCCGGAAACGUUACCUAUAGUGACGGCACCAGAACCAGUUAUAGGACACAUUGCUUCAGCACUUCCCAUGCCUAGCAUAGGAAACAAUGGACCCACACACACUUCGGAAUCCGUAAUCGGUAAUAUUGCUUCAGCUCUUCCUAUACCGGCAAUGGGAAAUCUUGCACCAACACUUCUGGUACCCACACUAAGCAUAGUUCCGCCAACACCAGCUGUAGAUAUUAAUGAUCCCAAAAUAAAGCAAGUUUCCGAUAUCAACCAAAUAAUAGCGAUGCCACCGGCAAGUACGGUUCCUGACCCUCCAAAACUGAAACUAAAAGAGCCAGUGAAACCUCCCAGGAAAGAUUUGUCUGCGCAAACAAUCGUGAGUACUCCCAUUCCUACCAUCACAACUACCAUCAAUAUCGAACCACCGAAAUCCAUUAUCAAACAGGAUAUAUCCGUUGUCCCAACUGCAACAUCUUCACCACUGUUCAACAAAAUGGAAUCACCGAAGCUAAUCACCCAGAAGGAAACACCCGUAAUUCAAACUGUUCCAUCCCCACCAUUAUUCAGCAACAGGGAUCGCAUGGAACAUUACGGAAGCGCUUCCAAUCCAUUACCAUCAUCUGCCUCACUACAACAACCAUUGAAACCACUUAACACUAUACCAAAAACGAAAUUGACCACGCUUUCGCUGCCAGUUAGUGAUCUCAGCAGUCGCCAUAGCUUAACUGAUCUUCAUAAAUCUAGUCCGGAAGGAUUAUCCCCGUCGGAUACUAUGGAAAUCGAUGAAUCCAGCGAAAGAAAGGAAAUGCAAAACUAUUCACGGCAAAAGGCACCCGUAAAAAGAACGCUUGCUUCCGCAUUCGAACAGAUAGCCGUUCUCUCAGUUCCAAAUGUAGCAACAGCCUUUGACGAAGUUGAAGAUAAGAUUGAAAACCUUCCUGCCGAUCGCAAAUUGAAAAAGCGAGAUCAUACAUAUCAUCCCUCAUUUGCACCUACGCUGGGUGAGAACGAUCGAAAAAAUUCUACAGAAAACGAAAAUCAUCGUAAAGUAGAAGAGGAACGGCAGAAAAAAGAAAACAAACAAAAUGAGGACGACAAAUAUAGAAAAGAACAGGAAAAGAGAAGGAAAGAUGAAGAGAAACGGCAGAAAGCUAACGAGGAAAAAAGAAGAAAGGAAGAGAUGAAAAUAGCUAGGGAAGAUCAGAAAAGGAUUAAGUUAGACGAUGAGAAAAAAAGGAAGGAGGAAAAAUUAAUCGAGGAAAUAGCCAAACAGAAAAAAGCAGACGAAGAAAAAAAGGUUAGAGAACAGGAAAGAGUUUCAAAAGAAAAUGAAAAAAAAAUUAGAAUAGAAGUGGAUAAAGUCAGAAAAGAAGAGGAAAAAUUGGCUAAAGAAAUGGAGAAACAAUUAAAAGACGACGAAAAGCGAAAAAAGGCUGAAGAGAAAAAGAAACUCAAAGAAGAAAAGAAAAAGGGUGCUCUAAAAAAUUCAUUAUCUGCCGAUCAACAACCCGAGACAGAAAUUGAAGAUGAGAUAAUUGAUUUUGGUAGCCACUUGGAACAAUAUAGUAUUUCAGGUCCGGAAAAGACCCAAGGUAUUUCAAUUGGCAGAACAAAGGCAGACGAGACAUUUGGAGAAAAAAAUCGCCACACUUUAGCCCCAAGUUCUAAACCCAUGCACAGCAGUCAAGUGAGUCUUGAUAGAGCUACCGGAGUGCAAUCUAAAAUUUUACAACGUUACUCCAAGAGAAGUGGAUCGCAAGAUAAUAUCCAUACAGCACAUGAAGAGACACAACAAUUCAUGCAAAAGGUACACAGGAGCCAAACUAGUUUGGACAACCAGCGAUCAUCACGAUCAACAUUACUGCAAAGGUAUACUCCAAAGCCAUUGGGCACAUCAAAAAAUACAAGCCAAACUCCUGCACCAGCAUCAACAUUGCAAACCUCCAGUCAAGCGAGUUUGGAUAAAUCGCGUCUGGAAAAGUCAUCUCUGUUACAACGUUAUAAACAACGAAUUGAGACAACUGGGACAGACCAAGCAAUCGAUGGGAGUACAACACUUCAACAUGACAAGGAACAACGGUUAUCAUCCGUUUUGUUUCAACAGAAAAAGCGCCCCGAGAAAUACGAUGGUUUCGAUUAUCGCGACCACGAAUACGAACCGAUUGGCGAGGCAGUUGACAACGCAUCCAAUACUACGCCGUCUGCGGCUGUGGUUACUUUGGCCUUGCCAGGUGCAGAUGUCAAGAGGAAACUGUCCAGUGCAUCUCUACGCGUAUCUGGAGAUGAGGUGGACACCAUAAGUAUGGAAGAGCUUCAAAGAGAUAUUGAAGAUCGCUAUUUUAAUCGCGAAGCGGAAGGCGAAGAUAGAGAAGAAGACAACACCACCGAAACAAUCGAAGGCACCCAGGAAAAGGCCAGCAAAAUGAAGGCCGUUAUGGUACGGGCUCAAGAAAGUGGCAGAAAAGCGAUGACCAGAGCUCAAGAAAGUAGCAAAAAUGCUAUGGUCAAGGCACAGGUCGGUGGUAAAAACUUGCAUCAAAAGUUACGAAAGCAGACUGAUAAAUUCCGAACUAAAAUGACCAAAAUUAAUGCCAAGAAAGAUAAAGGAGCUGUGCCAUUAGCUACUCCAGAAAUUGUUACUACUCCAGAAAUUGUUACUACUCCAGAAAUUGAAAAAUUGGAUUUCACCAUCCCAGAGCCGACAUUUGAACACGAGUCAAGAAAUGAUGAGCAUAUGAAAGAUUCAACAGAUCAUGAAGUAGAAACUGAAGAAACUGUUUCAGACAUUGGUUCUGGCGAGAAAAAAUUCAAAGGUUUGAAAAGUAUACAAAUACCGAAAAUACGUAAACCAGUUUUUAAACGUCCAGAAUUCACUAAGAUUACGAAACCGAAAAUGCCAAAAUUAAAAGCACCUAAUAUGUCUAAAUUUAAACGUCCGGAAAUACCGAAAUGCUUAAAGGAGAAACCCGAUUUUUCGAAAUUGAAAAUGCCGGAAAAAAUCGGCACUAUUAAAUUACAACGCAGCAAGUCUAUGAAGGAUCAAACAUCCGAUUCUCAAAGCAAUUUGAAUCAAUCUGAAAUUGAAGUACCAUCUACUCGAGAGGAUAAAACCAUCAAAAAGAAACCAAUUUAUAGUAAUUUCGGUACAUAUCCUAGAUUCCUCGACAAAUUCAAGCGUCAAAAGUCGACACCAGUGAAUACCAGCAUUCGUUCAUCAACACCUACACCGCAAGAAUUCACUCAAGCAAGUAAAACGUCACGUCUGAAAGGACCCACCUUCAUGUCACGCUGGGCAGAAAAAACUUCAGAUGCAGGUAGCAACAGUUUCUUCUCGGGCAGUGAACUAGGAGAACGUGAAGCAUCAGUCGAGAAACACAUAAGACAAAGGUUGGAGGGAUUAGAAAUGGAGCCUCCAGAACUGCCAAUUACGGCAGAACAGAAACAACUCGACGAAUACGAUAAAGAGAAUCGGGAAAUACAUCUACUUUCUGCUGCUCGGCAUGACGAAUUUCUCAAACGGAAACCACCAAUGGAGCGACAGGAGUCCGAUCUGGCAUCCGAGGAAGAAAAGCAGUUUUGGGCUAGCUCUUUAGGUCAAAAGAUCAGGCAAAACAUCGAUAUGAACAGCAAUGACUUCGAUUUUCUUGAUGAAGAAGAUCGUUUGCGGAGAGACAAUGAACCAACUGGCCUUAGCGAUCAAGAUCGCGCUAGGUUCCUGGGUGAAACGAUAGAGCACUCGGAAAAAGAUUACGAUAUGCGUUCUACGACUCCAUAUUCCAACAAAGAAUGCCAGUCCUCGGGAAGCUCAGGUAUCCGUAGGCGUAAGGGAGUAUUGGAGGAAAUCGAUGAUGAUGAGUUUUUCUUAAGACAAAAAGGAAUAUCCAAGGAUGACAUUCAAAUGGGUGAAUACAUAAGUUCGGCAAUUAAAGAGGGGCUCAGUGUGCCAAAAAAUGCAUUGGCACAGAUGGGACGAUAUGAAUCAUAUGACGAAGAUAUCAAUACCAGUGAAAGAGUCAGUAUUGACUAUCGGGGUGAACCGGGCCCUGGUUCUACCCGUUACUAUCAACCUAGCUUCGAAUCCGACGACCUAUCCAACAAACAAAUUUUAACCGACGAGUUCCGAAGAGAAGAUAAAUUUUACAAGACGUUCCCUCCAGAUCGUCCUUUAAGAAAAAAUAAAAAAGCAUUUAAUGAAGAAAAUUAUGACGACGAUAGCCAAAAUGUGCCCUACGAAUCCAACCAACAAGAAGAAGAUGAAAUUGAAUUCUUCGAUCGUGGUCGUAAGUAUGGUAGUGAACAGCCAGUCAUACACCCAAAGAAAGAUGAACAUUAUAUUGAUGAUGAAAGCAUUGACAAUGCAUUUUCUCGUACUGGAGCGGCAGUGCCACCUACUCCACCGAGACGUAGAAAGAAGCGCUUCCGUGAUGUAACUUCAUCUGAAUUAGAACCAUUCGCGAAUGGUUUGACUAAAAAAACCAUUUACAAUAGCUUUACCAUAGGACCCGAAACGCACCUUUUCUCUGCUGAAGUUCCACUAGCCGAGGAAGAAAGCUUCACUACUCCUUUACCAACUCCGAGGCGAUCUCGUUCGCGAUCACAAUUAUCAAAAUUCUCCGAGGACGAUCGUGCUUUCAGAGCGGCAGCCGCUUAUAUCUUUGGGGCCGAAGAGAGCGAGUUAGAAAAGCAUAACAUUGGUUUGUCGGAAUCUAACGGAUAUGCAACCGUUAGGAAAGAACCCCCUCCACGCCCACCAGCACCGAUUCGUCGUAGGAAGUCAACUCGUUCUUUGGAAGUUGAUCGACAAUUCAGCACUUUACCAAAUUAUCACUCGGUGUCACCUAUGCGCCCUUUUCGCAACUAUAGCACAAUCAGUCCCAAUAGACCGCCUCGUAAUAAGUCAGUCUCAAGUCUCAACGAAAAUCAAAUGAAACCACCGCACUCGAGCAAAGAUGACCUAACCCAAUACGAAGCAAUUGAGGAUAUAGAAAAUCAAUCAAAACUAAAUAAUACCCUUCAAUCCGGUGCAAUUGUUAGUAAAAUGAAAGAUCGACCACUUCCCCCUCCUCCACGACCGCCGAGAGAUAGUAAAAAAUCUCGUAAACAAGCACUGGAUGAUAGGUUCGAUCUCGACGGUGGAGGAGAACGCAUUGUCACUUUAGGCCAUAGUGAGCCAAGAGUAGUAGAGGAAGUUGAAACAGCCGUUCAAACGGACCUUGGUUAUGAGGAAUAUGAAUUAGACAUUGAAGUUUCCGAAACCUUUGGUGAUACUGAAGAAGAGUCUUUGAAGAGGCCCAUAAAAACUUUGAAAGAGAUCUUGAAGGAGGAACAACAAGCGGAAAUAGAUCGCGCUCGGCAAUUGGCUGAAGCCAACAACUUGAUGAGAGAAAUCCAAAAAUUCAGGGAUUCUACUUCAUCGCUUUCUCUGCAUGGCAGUAGACCCGAAACGCCUGCUGUUGCUGUUCUCGAACGUAGAGUGUCAGCACCGUAUGCAACGGACGUGGGAAAUCAGACAAGCUUAGUCCAUGAUCGACCUCUAAGCUCUGAAAUUUUGACUGAACAAGAUCUCGCUGAUGAUGAUAAAUACAUCGCAGAGCUUGUGAAAAAAUAUGUUUCAGAUGAAAAAGUUGGAGAAUAUUCUAAGAAUUCACAGAGAAAAGUAACGGAAUCUAAUGAACUAGGUUUUAUAACAGUAGACCAUGUGUCAAGUAAAAUAGAGACGGAAGAAGGAAGACCUGGUAAAUCCGAACCAUUCAUCCCACCUCGACGUAGAUCAUUGAUCGCUUCAAAUCAAGAUAUAUCUAGAAAUUUUGAAAUUUCAUCAAAUGUCAUUGAAGAAAUUGUAGAACGACUAAAGACUAGCGAACAGCAACAUAUUGCUGAAUUGCAACAAUUACAUUUACAACAAUUGGAGGAUUUGAGGAAACAGCAAGAAGAACAAAAACAAAUCCAAGAGCAAAGACUUGAAGAACAACAAAAACAAUUACUAGAACAACAGAAUCUGCAAUUACAUGAAACUCAACAACUCAAAGAACAAAUUCUACAACAACAGGAGCAGCAGAAAGCUCUUCUUCAACAGCAACAACAGCAGCAACAACAACUACUACUGGCUCAACAACAACAACAGAUUCUUCUGCAGCAGCAGGAGAAGGAACGAGAACUGCAACGAGAAAAGGAACGGGAGCUACUUCGAGAACGAGAGGUUGAGUUAGAGAAAGCUCGAGAAAGAGAACGCGAAUUACAUCAUGCUAGAGAACUAGAGCUUCAGCGGGCUCGUGACUUGGAAUUACAGCGUUCUAAAGAGCUCGAACAACAGAGAGUACGAGAGCUGGAACUACAACGAACAAUGGAGCUAGAACAUCAACGCUUGAGAGAACUGGAACUACAAAGAAUUCAAGAAGCUGAAAUCCAAAGAGUACGGGAGGCAGAACUUCAACGUAUCAGAGAAAUUGAACUACAACGAGCAAGAGACGCAGAAAUACAGAGAAUACGGGAACAAAAGAUGCAAAGAGUUAGAGAAGUAGAAAUGUUAAGAGCCAGAGAAAAUAUUGUUUCUACGGGUAGUGUGGAAACACCAUCAGGACAAGAAGGAGAUAAAUAUAUUCAGGAUGCUGAACAACAAAUUCAUAACGAUUCAAUUGUUGAACAAGAAGUAACUGCAAAAACUAUACCCGCUCGUCCUCCUUUACCGCGAAUCAAUCAACAAAUUCAAAUGCCUCCGCCGUUUGCGUACCAACAAUACAUGCAUCAUCCACAAUCACUAUAUCCUGCCAGAGACUAUUCCGAUGAAGAAGGAACUAUACCGCAAGCUCCUCAUCGUCGACGUAGACACCACCGCUCUAGAAGAGAAUCAACUUCUGAAGAAGAAUUCCAUCGGGAGCAUAGGAAGCAACGUCACGAGACGCGUUCACCAGAGCCAUCAAUUCCAGCAUUAGGCACCCAACUAAUUCGGGCAUGUGGUCUAUCCAUUCAACAGACCGGGGAAAAUUUAAUGACAAUCCUUCGAGCUAGUAGCAAAGAUGAGAACAAAAGAGAUUUGCAUAUCGCUCUCAUCAUUCUGAUUGUCAUAGUCGCAGGACUGAUGGCAUUAGGAAUGAGUGCGGAAAAGGCUGUCCAUCAUCAUCACUGGGAUUACUUCAAUCCACCAGGAAAUAGUGGGAAUACUUAAAUAAAAAUCUUAAAGGCACUAAACACUUCACGCGAAAAUCUCUUUUUUUAAUUACUUGCCUUCGAAUGUAGUAAGCAACUCAAUCUAAGUGAAUUUCCUAGUUGUAGUAAUUGUAAGCGCAUAUUAUAAUUUUGUUAUGAAAUAAAACAGUUACGAGAUUAAAUUAAGAAGAAAAAAACUUUACAGUUUGCAUUUGAGCGUAGAUUCGGAUAUCAUUAUACUGUUGUCAAUUUGCAAUUUUUACUAUUAUUCACGAAACAAUCUAUUUACCUACACAACAUUUUAUUAUUUAGUAUAUCCAGUUUUGAAAACCAAAAAUGUGAAAGCGAAGAGAAUCAAAAUAUGUUGAUAUCAAAAUAUGUACAGUAGAGAGUAGUGUUAAAGACCGACUAAAAUGUUGAACUAUCGAAUGUCAUGAGUUGUAGUGUUAGCCAAUUGAGUGUAUAUAGGGAGCAAAGCUCGACCCCUUAUUGUUAUUUAAGUUGUUCUUUUUUCAUAAUCAUAUUUGAAGAAAUAAAAAAUUUUGACGAAAAUAAAAAA